CUUCUCUUCCAUCUUCACCUAGGAGAAACCCGAACGUAAAACCCUAAUAAGCCAUGGCAUACCGUCUCAUAUCGAUGAGCAAACCUUCUUUUCCCCCAUUAUUCUCUAGCACAAACGCAAACUCUACUCGCAACUGCAAUUCCUUCUCACCUUCCUCCAUUCUUCCACUAUUCAACUGCAAACGCCGGAAGAAACUCCGCAAAAAGCUCUCCAGUCCCCGCGUCAAACCCAUCGCUUCAUCCACUCCGCGCCCUCUUCCAUCCCUCGAUGCUAUCAUCCACCGCGACUCCCUCUUCCGGUUUAUAUCACGCACCCGUUGCUUUCUCUCCCAUCAACCCCUGCACCUCAUCUCUCUAUCCGCCGCCGGCAAGCUUCAUCGCGAGCUCGGCUUCUCUCGCGGCCGCAAACCCUCACGAUUCGCUGCUCGCCAUCCCCUUCUUCUCCGCAUCUUCCCACACCCCUCGCCCUAUGGACCCCCUCACCUCUCCUUCACUCCCCUAAUGGAAUCCCUCCUAUCGGAGGAGAAAUCCAUAUUCAAUGCUUCUGAAGAAGAUCGCGUCACUGUGAUUCGCAAGCUUCUCAUGAUCUCUUCCGGUCGCCGUAUCCCCCUUGCUAAGCUCCAUCACUGCCGCCACGUUCUUGGCCUUCCCGACGACUUCCGCGACCGUGUUCGGAAGUACACUGACUUCUUCCGAGUCGCUGUAGAUCCCGACGGCCGUCACGUUCUCGAGCUCAUUGAAUGGGACCCGGCUCUUGCCGUCAGCGCGCUCGAACGCGACUGCGUUGCGGAUGAGCACCGUGUUCGUCGAACCUUCAAAUUUGCCAUUCCUCACGGGAAGCAUUUAGGUUUAGAUGAGGAUGAUGAGAGAAGGAUGAAUUCUUUGACGACGCUGCCUUUGAUCUCACCAUAUACUGUCGGCUCUGAGCUGAAGCCAUGGACAGUGGAAGCGGAGAAGUAUAGGGUUGGGGUGAUUCAUGAGUUUUUGAGUUUGACGGUGGAGAAAAGGGCGUAUAUUCAUCAUAUAGUGGAGUUCAAAGAGGAGUUUGGUCUUACGAGGCAUACUUACCAUAUGCUCUUGAAGCAGCCGCGGGCAUUUUACUUGGCUGGGACGGAGAUGAACUGGGCUGUUUUCUUGAGAGAUGCUUAUAAUAAGGAUGGGACCUUGAUAGAGAAGGGCCCUCUGGUCUUGUUCGAGGAGAAGUUAAGAAGGUAUGCUCUCAUGAAGGAAGGAGAAGAAGAGGUAGAGCUGGGAGUUGCCGGAGCUAUUAGAGUUUGAAAUGGCAUGGAAUUUUGAACUUUUCAUCUCAGAUUUUUUGGAAAGGGAGAAAUUAUUUUUAGGGUCAAAUUCAUUUCAGGAAGAGAAUGUAUGGCUUGGUGGGAUGCAUUGAAGGUUGUUGCAUAAAUGAGUUAAUUAAAUUUACAUGUAGGCUCCAGACCGUAUUGGAUAUGUGAUAAGAAUUUGAUGGGAAAUAACCUGCCACUUGGAACGCAGGUUUGUCGGGCAUUCAAGAUAUGCUACGGACAGUGAAUUAUGGACUAGUGUUGAAGCUGGUUGUUUUUAUAACAAGAAGUCUCAAAUGACAUGUUGCUGUCCGAAAAUUUGAGCCAAAGCAACGCCAGACUUAAAUUGAGCAGAGUGGAUCUCAUUUAAAAUGUUUUAUUUGAUCCAAUGGAGAGGUAUGUCUAGUUCUGAUUCCUGCAUCUAUAAUUUAUUGGAGUGCUUUUUAACUUUUCAAAUUGUUGCUUGUACAAGCUGAUGUAAAUUUGAUGCUGACUGAGAUCCAAAAUGCUGACACAGUCUUCUAUAAUUUGACCACCAUUGUCAACAAAAGAUGUAUGCCAUAAACUCAAAAGUUUAAGUAAAUGGAUAAGGCCUACAACUAAUGUAUUAAGAACUCAACUAUUAUUUCAUUGUUGAUGUCGAAUUAUUUUUAUUCUUA